CCAGCAGCAGGAACCUAAGAAACAAAACAACACUUCUUGCAACAUAGUCACAUGAUUCAUCACCACAAACUGCGACUGAAAAUGACAAAAUUUGUUCAAUCUGAAGCCCAUCUCAUUUCUCUUUCACUCUUUAUCUUCACUUUUGAAUCAUUAUGAUAUGAUAACCCUUGUUUCCAUUUCAUUUGCAUUGCCACUGUUCUAUCCCACUUCUUUUCCUUUGGUCAACGCCCUAUCUUAUCCGUUUUCUUGGUUUUGAUCUUCUUCUUCUCAAACUCUUCAAUGGGUCGUAGGCACAAUGAACCAAACUCUACUCUGUUAAACCGUUUGGUUCUCCUCUUUGUCUGUUUUGCUUCGUGCGGUUUGGUCUACGUUUUCCUCUCUGCGGUGCUCGCCAGCACCACAACCAGAAGCUCUUCAAUUUCAGAGUUUGGAACAUUGGUCGAAGGUGGUGGUCUGCAGAAUGCUAAAGGGUGUUGUAGGGGGAUUGAAAAUUUUGAGCUUUGGGGUGCAUCUGUGAAGUGGGGUUCUGAUUUUAAAUUCAACAGUUCUGAAGGAUGCUGCAACGCGUGUAAAUCCAUGUGUACUGGGAAAGAUGGGCCUUGUCUCUGUGAUACUUGGGUGUUUUGUGGGAAUCGUCAAGCUUGUGGAUCCAAGUUUGGUGAGUGUUGGUUGAAGAAACAGAAGGACAGCUUAGCUCCUGAACGGCAAGAUGGAGUGCCUCCAGGCGAAAUAGUUGGUUGGACUUCUGGUCUCAUCUUUGGGAAAGGAGAGGGUAUUAUUGGACUGGAAACUGAAUAUGGAACACUUCAUAUUAAACUCUUUCCUGACUGUGCCCCACAUUCUGUUGCCUACAUUCUAGACUUGUUGGUUUUGCACCAUUGUGCUGGCUGCCAAUUUUACCGUGCAGAGAGCCGAGGUCAGUCAUGGGACUCGGAAGGAAACCAUAUAGACAAUGCUGCUUUUGGUCCUCCUUAUGCAUUAAUUCAAGGAACGUUAGAAGCCCAAGGUAUAGCAUUCAAUAAACUUCCCAUGGAAGAUUGUCCAUUCAUUAGAAGGGGUUCAGUUGCUUGGAUUGGUUCUGGUCCUGAAUUCUUUAUUAGCCUAGCUGAUCAUUCAGAGUGGAAACAAGAAUACACUGUUUUUGGUUCUGUUCUACCAGAAGACUUGAAUAUUGCUGAGAGAAUUGCUACUCUACCCACAAUAUCUGAUGUUUGGAACAAUGUUAACGUGACCGUUUUGGAAAAACCUGUUUCCUUGUUGCUCCGAAGGAUCGAGAAAAGCCAUGUAGUUUGAAAAUUUGAAACAAGCCGUUCAUUGUUCAUGCAUGUAGAUUGCCAUUCUUUUGGUCCGAAACUCAUAUAUACGUGUUUUAUUCUGCUU